UAGCUUUGAGAGUCUUUUAAACUAUGGCGUUCUUCGUGAAAAAGAAGAAAUUCAAGUUUCAGACCCAUCUUACCCUGGAGGAGCUCACCGCGGUGCCUUUUGUCAACGGCGUCCUCUUCUGCAAGCUCCGGCUGCUGGAUGGAGAUUUUGUCGCUACUUCUUCCAGAGAGGAGGUUCACAAUCACUGUGUGCGCUGGAGGAAGAGGUUUACCUUUGUGUCCAAAAUGAGCGCCAACCCCCACACUGGAGUUCUGGACCCGUCUGUCUGCAGGGUGUCAGUCAGGAAGGAACUCAAAGGAGGAAAGGCGUACACUAAGCUGGGCUUCACAGACCUCAACAUGGCGGAGUUCGCAGGUUCGGGCUCCACCGUGCGCUGCUGUCUGCUGGAGGGAUAUGACACGAAGAACACACGGCAGGACAACUCCAUACUGAAGGUGAUCAUUGGGAUGACCCUCCUGUCGGGAGAUCCGUGCUUUAAAACACCUCAAAGCACAGCAAAGUCCAUCUCCAUCCCAGGACAGGAGCACACCCUGCAGCUGGACUGCAAGGGGGAGGGCACUGCUGAGCCUGGACCGCCGGGAGGGGUUUCCCUGGGCCGAGGUUCCAAACAUCGGCCUUCCAUCAUCAGCUCAGGACUCCUGGAGGAAUCUGAGGUGAAUCCGUCGGUUCCCGCAGAAGCUUUCCAGUCUGGUCACUCUCGUAACUCCAGCUAUGCCAGCCAGCACAGCAAAAUCUCAGGAUACAGCACGGAGCACUCCUGUUCCUCCAGCCUGUCGGACCUCACGCAUCGCAGAAAUACCUCGACAGGAAGCAGCACCUCCGGGGGCUUGUGCUUCACGGUCGACACCCCCCCAGAUGGGGACAAGGACGCUGGACGUCCGGAGAGACCCCCUCGACCCCCACGACCAGUUUUACCCCCAAAUAGGCCUCCGAGGAGGAAGCAGGACUUGGUGGAGAGUCACCCCUCCUGGGUGAACGACACUCGCAUGGAUGCCGACGACAUCGUGGAGAAAAUCGUCCAAAGCCAGAACUUUGCAGACAUCAGCCACACUGAAGACAGCAACCUGCGCCUGUUCGUCAGCAGAGACGGAACCACGGCGCUCAGCGGCAUCAGGCUUGGAAAUAGGGUGCCUGCUGGUGGCUAUGAGCCCGUGGUGAUCGAGAGCCAUUAAACCGAGCAGCAGGAGAGGCGACACGUGGACCAGCACGUGCAUCAGCUUGACUUUUUGUUAGUUUUUGGGGUUUUUUCCUGGAGCUUCAGCUGGUCUGACGCCGUGAGAGGAAAACCUUAUCAGUGUGCACUUUACGUGAAGUUUGUGGCAGCGCUCGAGCUGCGCUCCGUUAAGCUGUUUCUGUGACGUUUAAAAGGCGGCAAAAAUGCACAAAAACGUUUCUCCUGAGCUGCUGCUGUGACACAGUAACAGCAGGUUUUAUAGAUUAAAAAAUAUUUCAAGCAUUGAGCUGAUUAUUAAGCUUUGUAAUAAAUAUACACUAAUCCAACGUGUUUUUAGCUUCAGAGCUGCCAAAAUUCCUUUAAAAUGCACGUUUAAGACGGCAGUAAUCGAUUGAACACUAACUGGAUGCAGUACGUACUGAAAACUUUCAUGUACUACAUGCAUGAAAAUACGUACUGCUGCCUUUAAAUACCUCUCAGAUCUCAGUAAGAAGGGCAGGGAAGGGCGCCUUUGUUAAAAAAGAAUUAUGGAAAGGUUUCCAUCUCCAGAAGUCCUCAUCUGAGGCUCAGCAGCCAAGCAGGAUAACUCCCUGCGCAUAAAUGAUUAAAAAGUGCCCAAUUCUGAAGCAUCUGAUCUCCCAUUGAAGGCACCAAAUCAACACUGAAUGUGAUCCAGAUGUUAAACAAAAAACAAAAAAACACUGAGCAGAAACUUUUUGUUUUAGUUUGAAGUCGUCUCCUGUUGAUCAGGGAAAUCACUACAACCACUCUGUGCCUGUAAAGUUUCUCUUAAAUGACCCUAAAGCACGAUGAAAACUGUUAAGUCAGAGUGCUGGUGAAGAGAGAACUGUUUGUUUGUUUGUUUGUUUGUUUGUUUGUUUGUUUGUUUGUUUGAGGGGUUACUCACUUCAGCAUGCUUAAGUUUCGAGCUGCACUUUUGCUCACUCUCAUCAACGAUCAGUUAGUUAAUUCUCUCCUCAGAAAAACACUAGCUCCAUGCAGUAAACUGGCGAUGGCCUUUUGCUGCGAAAGCCUCUGUCGCCCCCUGGUGGAGGGACAGGGCUUUGCAGGGUGCUUUGUUUAACAGCAGAUCAGCAGAGUUUCUGUGUUGCCAACCAGCGGGCUGGUUUAAGCUUCUUUUAAAGAAAGGUUUCAGCUGCUCUACAAAGUUUUCCACCUCAGGAUGGAAAAUUGAUUUCUAUCCUAAAGAAAGAGUCUUAAAAUCUUAUUUUUCUUUUGUAAAACAAUCAAAAAAAAAAAGCUGAUAAUGCUGUGAAUUGCAUAAAAGUUGUGCCUUGUAUGUUUACUAAACUCAUGGCUGAGUUAAAACAGGUCAUGUUGCUGAAGAAUAAAAUAUAUUUUUCUUUAUUAAAUGUGUAAAAAUAUAAUGGAAAUACAUAGAUUUCUCAUAGAUAACCAGCCUGGAGAAAUUCAGACAGUGAUAAAGGAUCUUAUCUUUUCAGUGUUGUGCUCUUUUAUAUACAUUUUAACCAGUUUCUUUAAGAGAGCUUUCAGUUACUCAAAAGUAAAAUAGAUUUUUGUUUAUCUGAUUAACAGGAAUGUGAAAAAAGAUUUUUUU